ACCUAUACGCCGCGAACGACGAAGCACACCGCGACCAAGGCUCCGACGGAAAGAAGAAAAAGAAGACAAGAAUAAUGAUAACCCCAAAGAUCAAACACCAGGAUGCUGCCAUAAUCGUGAUCACGAUUGCGCGUUCCCCACAGAGGUCAUCGAUCACCAUAGAUUCCAAGAGAACCAGUGGACAAAAAGUGUAUCCUUUGCUCGUGUUUCUGGACGGACAUCAAGGUAGUGGGACACCGUCAAUAAUUGAAGAGGAGGAUGGUGGAUUUCCAAACUCAGUAACACCUAAAGCUAGCGACCUAACGCUUGAAAACCUUCGUCUUUAUAAAAGUGAGGAUGAAUUCGAUUCAAUCGACUUAGGAGAAUCCACCUGCAAUGACAUGACAGCUCCGAUGUGA